ACCUUGAGUUUAUCUGCCAAAGGGUCACUGAUGUUAAGAUUAAUAUUUCAACUUUAGUUGUCAAGAAGGCAAGAUGGAUAUUAAGUUUACCGGUAAAAGAGCUCUGGUAACCGGAGCAACUAAAGGAAUUGGAAGAGAUAUUGCCAUUAAAUUAUCUCAAUGUGGUGCCAAAGUUGUUGCCGUUGGAAGGUCAAAGGAAUGUUUAGAUAAAUUGAAAAAAGAUGACCCUAGAAUAGAAGUCGUUCUCUUGGAUAUAACAAAUUGGAAUAAAACAAGUCAAGUUUUGGAAAAUAUAGGUCCCAUUGAUUUGUUGGUCAAUAAUGCCGGUCUUGGUUGGCUCAAACCUAUGACUGAAAUCAUUGAAGAAGAUCUAGAUAGUGUUCUAGGAGUAAAUACGAAAGCACUAAUACAUGUAACACAAAUCGUCGCCAAAAACUUGAUAUCCAGAAAAACAUCCGGUUCGAUUGUGAAUAUAUCAUCUCAAGCUUCAUUGGCUGGACUUAUGCAUCAUACCGUAUAUUGCGCCUCCAAGGGAGCAGUUGACGCUUUUACUAGGGCUGCAGCUUUGGAACUAGGUCCCAAUGGAAUUAGAGUUAAUGCAGUCAAUCCAACUGUGAUUAUGACUGACAUGGGAAGACUUGGGUGGUCUGAUCCCAAAGUUGCUGGUCCAAUGUUGGAUAAAAUUCCUUUGAAAAGGUUUGGUGAGGUCCAUGAGGUUGUUGAUGCAGUUGUUUAUUUAUUGAGCGAUAAAUCGAGCAUGAUUACUGGAGUGUGUUUGCCAAUUGAUGGAGGAUUCACAGCCACUUAGUUAUAGCAUAUUUAUAUUUGUUUAUUACAAAAUAUAUUCUUUUUCAGCAAAAAAUUGCUUGCUGAUUCAAUAUAAUUCAAUCAAUAAAAAAUACAACUUAUUAAAGUUUCCUUUUAUUUUUUUACAAACAAUUGUUUUAAAAAAGACAAUCUAGCAUUUUGAUAAUACAAACUGCAAAGAUAAACAUUGAGUUUACCAGUUGCAAAUUUACUAUAAACACUAUCAAUGUAGUAACAAUAUUAAAUAUUACUUCUUUAAUUAUAUUCUUCUUACACUAAUUAAUCCUAAGAUCUAAAUAAGGAUGAAAUUUACAAGAAUGUAUAAUAUAAAUUAACAUGCUGUAGUAACUGGACAAAAACGUAAUAUUUGUUAUUUAUAAUAUGUUCCAUGAUAACACAUAUGCAAAUAAAUAACAAUAUAAUACAAAUAAUUCAUAUUAUACAAAGCCCUCCUUUAAACAUGUGGGUAUUCAAUAUCUUUCGAUUCUUUAAACUCUAUUAUUGAAUACAUGCAUGAUAAAAAAAGGUAUUGAAAUCGUCCACAUGUAAAAGAUGACUUUGUAUAUCAACAAUUGUACAUAAUAUACCGCCUAUUACACCCCAUGUUAACAUUAGCCUUUCCCACAUUACCAAACUUUGGUUAAAUAGGAAAUUACAGACACAUGAGAGCGGCGAAUUUCAAACUGUCGCACUUGCUUAAACGUUUGGUAUCAGGAAAAGAUUUGAAGAAAUUGUUCACAGGUUGCAUCAUUAUUUACAAAUGUUUAAGUUUUUCUUCACACCUUCAAUAUUAGAUUUAAGUUUAAGCAAGUAAGACUAAUUCAGAAUAAUAAUUUGUAAGUUUUAUAAAGAGCUAGUUCAGAUAGCCAGUUUCUUUGUACAAAUAAAAUAUUUUGUUGAAAGGGCUAACUGAACUAGCCUUGAAACUUAUCUAAGGGUAUAAGCAAAAUUAAGUGAGAGAAUUACCUUCUUUUAAAUUGAAUUUAAGAUCUUAAAACA